CUCUAUAUAUAUUUUAUGAUUCUCUUUGUAUUUGUGGGUUAAUAUUCAUUUUUUGAUCAAUGCCGGUCUAUACCUGUAUAUACACUUAUACAUUAUACAGUGGCUUGCCAUCAAUCUCCAUUAAUCCUCUACACUACUCCUACUUGAAUUGGGCGCAACUUUAUAUAUAUAUAAUAUAUAUACAUAUAUAUCCGGUCAUUCACCACUCUCUCUCCUCUUCCAUAAAAACUGUUGCUAACUUUGUCCUCGAUCUCUUCUUCCAUUAACACUGUACGUAGCUAACUUUGCCCUAGAUCGAGAAGAGAUAUAAGUGAGAUUUGAACCCAAUAAAUGUUACCUUCAAAUUAGCCAUCAGAAAAUGUUCUCUUCAACCAACGGUGCUAACCCUUUUCCUCAUCUUCCUUCAUCUUUCCACCUCUCUCCUCCUUCCCUCAACAGCCAUGAAAUGUUUCUUCACCACCACAAUUACAAAGAUCUGCUUUUGGGUCACUACUUGUCAUCACCAGCCAAUGCUCAUCAAGUCCUAGAUAGAACUCUUUUUAGCAUGAAUGGUUCAAACCAAGGUGUCAAUAAUGGACUAGAUGAUGGUCAUGACCUCUAUGCUCAAUAUUCCAACUCAUUCCCAAGGAAGAAACCUGUGAAGAAAGACAGGCAUAGCAAGAUCAGUACCGCCAAAGGCCAGAGGGAACGGAGAGUCAGGUUGUCCAUUGGGGUUGCUCGGAGGUUCUUCGACCUUCAAGACAUGCUUGGUUUUGACAAGGCUAGUAAAACCCUUGAUUGGCUUUUCGCCAAGUCCAAAACAGCCAUUUCUGAGCUGGUGCACAUGAAUCACAGGAUCAAUGGUGGUUCCAAGAGCUCCUCCGUCGAAUGCCUAGUAGUGUCGUCAAGAAUCAUUGAAGCUGCUGCUGCUGACAAUGGAGACACAAUACAGGGGAUGAUAGCUUCCAACAAGAAGCUGUUGAGACGGGAUAAAUCCGCACUUCGUGUGCUUUCAAGAGAGUCUAGAACAAAGGCAAGAGAAAGAGCAAGAAAAAGAACUAGCGAAAAGAUGUGCACUAGAUCAAGGGUUGAUCAAUCUGAUGAUAAAAAAAUCUCCAAUUCAAAACCCUCUAUGUUGAAACAAUUAGGUUCUCAUAGAGACAUCACAAUAUCUUCAAUAAAUCUGGAUGCUGAAAUUGAAUGUAGUACUAUGUCUCACCCACAAAUAGUACUUAAUCAAUUAGCACCAAGAGAUCAGGACAUAAUUGAUGAAUCUAUUGUGAUGAAGAGAAAGUUUGAGCCAUCUUUGUUGUCUGAUAAUUAUGAGCAAGACCUUUCAAACUAUUCUUCAAAUGUCGCGCAACGUUGGGACAUUGGUACUACUAUUGCACCCUCUAGCUUUCGUGUUAUGGCCAGCAUGAAUCUAUCCACAGAAUUUCAAAUCUAUGGCAAACCCUGGGAGGUCUACAACAACCACAGUCAGCUCUACUAUGGUACAUGAACUCUAAUAAAUAUAUGUAUUUUUAGUUCUUUUGAAGUUCCUUCAGAUUGAAAUUAAUCUCUGAAUAAUUAAAAGUUGUAUUAUCUUCCCAUGCUUAUUAUGUUUUCAGAUCACCCAUCAACUGCAGAGCAGUUGAACUGAUCAUGGGGAAGAUAUAUGUAUGUUUCUCUAUUAUUUAUGUUUGUUAAUUAAUUUGUGCCUGAGUUUUAUUUUUCUUCUUCUUUUUGGAUACAAUAUAUUUCUUACUACUAUGGUUUCUGCUAUAUAUUAGUAC